GGGUCAUCAGGCUGGGUAGCGGGGCACCAGAUCAUCAAGCUGGAUAGGAUCAUCAGGCUGGAUCCGGGUCAUCAGGCUGGAUCGGGUAUCAGGCUGGGGCAUCAAGCUGAACAACGGAGUGGCGGGUUCUCAGACGGCAGGCUGACCGGUUUGGAUACUGGCAGGAUGGUACUGGUUGGAAAGAAUUUUCGCUUCAUCUUGGGUUUAGUUACUGGGGGCACUGCAAGUAAAUGCAGGUCUGUAAAUGGAGGGAGUAGCUGGAGACAGAAAAGAGCUGGAGGAUGGGAACAGAGGAGGGAUUAGUUGCUACAGCGGCCUUUUUUACAGGGUUAAAGGCAGGAUAGGUGCAGCGAGUGGGAACAG